AUGUGGGUCUGUUUAGCGAUAGUGACGCUAAUUUUCCAAAAUGUCUUGGCUAUAGAUUUGGAUGUAACAUCCAAAGAUUCGAUUUGUGACGCGACUUAUUUGAUUCAAGACGGUAUUCUUGACUAUUACGAAGGGACGCGAUACGGUGGAACCGUGGGGAUGUUUCAAUCACCAUAUUAUUGGUGGGAAGCAGGUGAGGUUUUUGGAGGGAUGCUCGAAAACUGGUAUCUGUGUGGGAACACAUCUCAUGAAACUCUUCUAUAUGAUGCAAUGAUUGCGCAAUCCGGUACAGAUUAUGACUUCAUGCCAUCAAACCAAUCGAUGGUCGAGGGUAACGAUGACCAAGGUGUUUGGGGUUUGACUGUUAUGGGCGCAGCCGAAAGAAACUUCACAAAUCCUGAUGGAAACGUGCCAGGUUGGUUAUACAUGGUUCAAGGUAUCUUCAACACUAUGUACGCGCGUUGGGAUGAUCAACAUUGUGGUGGUGGUCUUAGAUGGCAAAUUUUCACCUGGAACUCUGGUUAUAACUACAAAAAUACCAUUUCAAAUGCAUGCUUGUUUCAAAUUGCUGCCAGAUUGGGCCGUUACACAGGCAACACUACGUAUCUAGAAGUUGCGGAAAAGGUCUGGCAAUGGUUGGUUGACGUUGACUACAUUGUAUUGAGUGAUAAAGCUAAUGUUUAUGAUGGUGCAACUACUGACGGUAACUGUACCGAUAUUACAAAGAUCGAAUGGAGCUACAACCAAGGUGUUGUGCUGGGUGGUUGUGCCUAUAUGUACAACGCGACCAACGGUUCUUCCACGUGGGAAAGUCGUUUGACACAAAUUCUAGGCGGCUCGACCUCUUUCUUCUUCAAUGACAGUAUCAUGUACGAAUCUGCAUGCCAGGCGUCAGGGACGUGUAAUAAUGACCAACGGUCAUUCAAGAGUAUAUUUUCGAGAAUGCUAGGGCUGACUAGUGUGCUAGCGCCCUACACGGCUGAAAUUAUUGACCCUCUCAUCGAAGCAUCUGCUAAAGGUGCAGCGCUAUCAUGUACCGGUGGUUAUGAUGGUCAUACAUGUGGUCUCAAUUGGCAGAUUGGCAAAAACGAUGGCUGGUAUGGGUUGGGUGAGCAAGCCUGUGCUUUGGAAGUUAUUCAAAACCUGCUUAUCCAUGAUAUGCCAGCUCCAUACACAGCCGAUAAUGGUGGUACCUCAGUUGGUGACGCGAAUGCUGCCUUGAAUAGUACAACAACUAGUGUGCUACAAAGUGAUCUUGAUAUAACUAAAAAGGAUCGGGUAGGAGCAGCCAUAAUCACCGCAGUUAUUUUGUCAAUCUUGUUGGGUGGUUCGGUUUGGAUGAUAUUCUGA